GCGCAAAGACUCAUUUCUUCCCCAACUUCCCACUGCCUCACUCGCUAUAACUCCUCCCCACCCGCCGCACCACCACACUCUCACUCUCGCCGCUCUAUCCAAUGGCCGCUCACCGCCGCCUCCUGCUCUGCCUCCUCCUGCUUGCCCCCACGCUAUCGACAACCGUACUAGCUGCGAGCGGCGACGGCGGCGGCGGGCAAGCGAGGAAGACGUACAUCUUCCGCGUCAACCACCGCGCCAAGCCGACGGUGUUCCCCACCCACGCGCACUGGUACUCCUCCGCCGCCUUCGCCUCGCCAGCCAGCGCCGGCGCCGACCCGCUCCAGCCUCUCCACGUCUACGACACCGUCUUCCACGGCUUCUCCGCCUCGCUCACCGCGUCCCGCGCCGACGACCUGCGCCGCCACCCCGCCAUCCUCGCCGCCUUCGAGGACCAGGUCCGGCAGCUGCACACCACCAGGUCGCCGCAGUUCAUGGGCCUCCGCGCGCGCCUCGGGCUCUGGUCCCUCGCCGACUACGGCUCCGACGUCAUCGUCGGGGUGCUCGACACCGGCGUCUGGCCCGAGCGCCGGAGCCUCUCCGACCGGAACCUCCCGCCCGUCCCCACCCGCUGGCGCGGAGGCUGCGAUGCGGGGCCCGCCUUCCCGGCGUCCUGCUGCAACCGGAAGCUCGUCGGCGCGCGGUUCUUCUCCCAGGGCCACGCCGCGCACUACGGCGCCACCGCGGCGUCUUCCAACGGGUCCGCCGAGUACAUGUCCCCGCGCGACGCCGACGGGCACGGCACGCACACCGCCACCACGGCUGCCGGCAGCGUGGCCUACGACGCGAGCAUGGAGGGGUACGCCUCCGGCGUCGCCAAGGGCGUGGCGCCCAAGGCCAGGGUGGCGGCGUACAAGGUGUGCUGGAAGGGCGCCGGCUGCCUGGACUCCGACAUCCUCGCCGGCUUCGACCGCGCCGUGGCGGACGGCGUGGACGUCAUCUCCGUCUCCAUCGGCGGCGGGAACGGCGCCGUCUCGCCCUUCUACAUCGACCCCAUCGCGAUCGGCUCGUACGGGGCCGUGUCGCGGGGCGUGUUCGUGGCCACCUCCGCGGGCAACGAGGGGCCGGCCCCCAUGUCGGUGACCAACCUCGCGCCGUGGGUCGCCACCGUGGGCGCCGGCACCAUCGACCGCAGCUUCCCCGCGGAGAUCGUGCUCGGCGACGGGCGGCGCCUGUCGGGGGUGUCGCUCUACUCCGGGAAGCCGCUGGCGAACAACACGAUGCUGUCCCUGUACUACCCCGGGAGGUCGGGCGGGCUGUCUGCUUCCCUGUGCAUGGAGAACUCCAUCGACCCCUCGCUCGUGGCCGGGAAGAUCGUCAUCUGCGACCGCGGCAGCAGCCCGCGCGUGGCGAAAGGGGUGGUGGUGAAGGACGCCGGUGGCGCGGCGAUGGUGCUCGCCAACGGAGAGGCCAACGGCGAAGGUCUGAUCGGGGACGCGCACGUCCUGCCGGCGUGCUCGGUGGGGGAGAGCGAGGGCGACGCGCUCAAGGCGUACGCCGCCAACACCACCAACCCGACAGCGACGAUCGUGUUCCGGGGCACGGUCAUCGGCGUGAAGCCGGCGCCACUGGUGGCCUCCUUCUCGGCGCGCGGGCCCAACGGGCUCGUGCCGGAGAUCCUCAAGCCGGACUUCAUCGCGCCGGGCGUCAACAUCCUGGCGGCGUGGACGGGCGCCACGGGGCCCACGGGGCUGGAGUCCGACCCGCGGCGGACGGAGUUCAACAUACUGUCGGGGACGUCCAUGGCGUGCCCGCACGCGAGCGGGGCCGCCGCGCUGCUCCGGUCCGCGCACCCCGGGUGGUCCCCCGCCGCGAUACGGUCGGCGCUGAUGACCACGGCCAUCGUCACCGACAACCGCGCCGGCGCGGUGGCCGACGAGGCGGAGGCCGGGCGCGCGGCCACGCCGUUCGACUACGGCGCGGGGCACGUCGCGCUGGGCAGGGCACUGGACCCGGGCCUGGUGUACGACGCCGGGGACGAGGAGUACGUGGCGUUCAUGUGCGCCAUCGGGUACGAGGCGAACGCGAUCGAGGUGGUCACGCACAGGCCCGUGGCGUGCCCGACGUCGGCGGCGGGCAGGAAGUCGUCGGGGUCCGACCUGAACUACCCGUCGAUCUCCGUGGUGCUCUACGGUGGCAGCAACCAGUCGAGGACGGUGAUCCGCACGGCGACGAACGUCGGCGCCGAGGCGGACGCGACGUACAGGGCGCGCGUGGAGAUGUCGAACGGUGGCGUGGUUGUGGCGGUGAAGCCGGAGAAACUGGUCUUCUCGCCGACCGUGCAGAAGCAGAGCUUCGCGGUGACGGUGGCGGCGGCCUCCGCUCCGGCAGGCGCGGCGCCGGUGUACGGGCACGUAGUGUGGUCGGACGGCCGCGGGCACGACGUGCGGAGCCCCAUCGUGGUGACAUGGCUGCAGCCAAUGUAAGUGACAGGUGGGGACACACCGAGCUCGUGGACCUGGUCCCUCGGACAGAAGCGCGGUAGAAGUCAAAAGAGUUGGACUGCGGUAGUAACGGUUGCGGUCGGGUCUGCGCAUUGAAGGUGGCAGGCAGGGCGUGGUAGUUUAAUGACGUGGGGUCCUUUUUCUCCCUGACGAAUUGAUUAAAGCAGCAUGGAGUACAGUGACAGCAGUGUGGAGCAGUCCUUUGUUUGCUUUCGCGGGCAACGAUAGUUGCCGGCCCACUGAGGACAGCAGUCAUCAACGGAAACAAAGGGAGAAACAGGACAAAAGCUGACAAAUUAUACUCAGUAUUUGUGCGAGUGUUACCUUAGGGCAUGAGCAAUGGAGGCAGCUGUCCAACUAGGCUUGGAUAAAACUUUUGAUAUAUGCAUGCCAUGCUAUGGUCCCAUUAAUAUGUCUUUCUUUCAAAAGCUGAUUUGGUUUUUCUCUUUCUCUCUCACAUUUUCCACUUUAUGGCUGAAGAGGUUGCCUCCUGAUGAAGAGGCUGCCUCCUCAUCCGAACCUACUUUGGACCACCCAAACCUAGUUAAAGGUGUGAGGCAACACCCCUAGGGCUAUGCAUUGGGCAUGCCCUUAUGUAGCUGCGUUCCGUUGCACUGAAUCUAAUCGAAACUUUGUCUGUUUAUAGAGUCUAUGUGUCUUUACUCUUUGUGUUCGAUCUCUCCGCAUGUACAUGAGCACAACCCAUGACAUCUUGCCCUGUACUAUGUACCGGUCAAUUUUGAGAGUUUUCUUCUUCGAAA